UUCCUCGUUUGCAAAAUCAAGUGGUUGUGUGACAGUUUCCUUUAUCCAAUAAUUAUGUUUUCCUUUCUUUUGAAAAACAACUACUUACAAAAGUAGUAUAGUUAAAUACCUUUUGUUUCUUUUAUCAAAUAACAAAAGACAAGUUUUAAGAUGGUCUUAUUAUGUUUUGAUAAUUUAGUUAUUUUCGAUAAUCUAGCGUUGUAUUCUUUAUUUUCAUCCUGUGGACAUUAAAACUUGUUAUGCAACGUUGGUUUUUCAUGCAAGAACAAAAGAAACUAAAAAAACAUAAACCAAAGGUUAACCAAGGAAUGGCUGCUCAAAACAAAACUAAAGCAAAACCGGAAAAUCUAGUUAUGUCCCAAGAAUGGGUGUUUACCGUUUUGGUUCCUAAUUUAGGCCCUAAAGAACGGGUUUAUAUAUCUGGAAGUACAGCAGAAUUGGGUGAGUGGGACAUAAAAAAGAUGGUACCAUUGGAACCGAAUGAAGGUACAGAUUUAUGGAGCACAAAGGUAAUAAUACCAAACACUUGUGAUGUUUUUUAUCGUUACGCCAUAUGUCUAGUCAAUGAAGAUACAAAAAAUUUAAUUGUUAGGAGAUGGGAGGUCAACAUCCAUCCAAGAGUUAUUAAGGAAAAUGCCCAAACCCCCUCUACAGAUAUAUUUGGAGAAUUUCAAGGUGAUCAAAAAAUAAAUAGAGGUUGGCUUACAACGCAGACUUUAGUGCAAUUUAAAUUCAUGAAUGAGCCAUUGAAAUUGAAGAGUCGUCUUACAAACAGAAUAAUGCUUAUUAAAGUGACACCAGUUAACUUGUCAUUUGGAACUGAGGGCCAAUAUGAGGACUCGCAAAGUAUUGACACUCAAGAAGGGGAGAGUCCUCUUGGAGUUACUGUUGAAGUUUGUACACUUGACAAUGAUCCUCAACUUUGUCAGUUACAACCACAAGCGCAAUUUGGUAGAGAAUAUAGAGCUAAUGAUGUCCUACUUGUUAAUAUGUAUGCCCCAGAUCAUAAGGUCCUAGCCUAUCUUAUUGAUUUCUAUUCACACAGCAGUCGUGCAGCCAUGGAUGAUCCUCCAUAUCAUGUUGGUUACACAUAUGUUCUGCCAAAUAUGUUUAAACCAUCUGAAGGGGACUUAGAGUUACCGGUAACUUGUAAUGUUAAACAUAGACCUCUAGGUACUGUCAAUUUUGAAUAUCUCAUUGUUUAUCCAAUGAAGGAAAACAUUUGCAACAUGCAAGUCUCAUAUGCAAAGCACUGGGAUCCCACAUGGACAGGUUUGGAAGUUGGUCAUCGAGGUUUGGGUGCAAGUUUUAAAACAAAAGAAGGAAAUGCUAUUCGUGAAAAUACAAUAGCUUCUCUAAAACAAGCAGCUGCCAGUGGUGCUGACUUGUUGGAAUUUGAUGUUCAGCUAAGUAAAGAUAUGAUCCCAGUCAUAUAUCAUGACUUUCAUGUAUGUAUUUCAAUGAAACGAAAAAAGGAGGUUGAUUUUACAGAGAUGCUAGAAUUGCCUGUGAAGGACCUUACUUUGGAGCAUCUGCAAAAACUCAAGGUUUAUCAUUUAGUUGAAGGUCGUAACCAUGAAAUUCUGUUCUUUGAUGAAGAUUUAGAAGAACAUCAGCCAUUUCCUACAUUAGAAGACACUUUAAACAGUAUUGACCUGCAUGUCGGAUUUAAUAUUGAAUUAAAAUGGACAAUGGAGCUUAAUGAUGGCACAUUUGAACUGAACAAUCCUUUUGACAUGAAUGUUUAUGUUGAUAAGGUUUUGGAAGUUGUUUUGAAGUGUGCAGGCGAGAGGCGUAUUGUAUUUUCUUGUUUCAACCCUGACAUUUGCACUAUGGUCCGGAACAAACAGAAUAAAUAUCCAGUUAUGUUUUUAACUGUUGGUAUUACAAACAAAUACCAGCCUUACAAAGAUCCCCGAUGUUUGACCAUCCCUGCAGCAGUACAGAAUGCCAUCAGCUCUGACAUCCUCGGAAUUGUAGUUCAUACAGAAGAUCUACUGAGAGAUCCAACUCAGGUUAAACUUGCGACUGACGCCGGACUUGUCAUAUUUUGUUGGGGCGAUGACAAUAAUGAUAAAGACACCAUCAAAAAACUGAAAGAGAUGGGACUUCACGCCGUGAUAUAUGACAAGCUCGAUCAAUUUACAACAAAACAAGUAAAGGAGAGUAUAUUCCUGGUGGAGGCGCGCGAGUCGCAGCGCGAGCUGAUGACGCUGGCGGCGAUGGAGGAGUCCCCGUCGGGCGCCUCCUCCGCGUCGCGCGGCAGCCUGGAGCCCGCGCCGCAGCCCUACCUCGACCUGGACGUGCGCACGCGCUUGCAGCAGCACUCCACGGUCACCUCGCUCGAGUCCCUCGCCUCCUCCAUAGACCUCAGAGACGAUCUCAAUGACAGAAAUUUAAAACGCAAUAGAGAUAUCAUUACGAACGUCGAGAAGGAGUCCCAAGUUAAAGAACAAAGGAAAUCAUUCUUCGGACUACUUCCGUCGGGUGAUGCGGCGAAGGGGUCCCCCAAGAAGUCGCGUAGAGAUAGUUAAUACUCUCAUUUGUACGCUUUUUCAUAUAUUUUCCAUUUUUUAAUAUAUUUGCUCAAUUUUAAAUAUGUAGUAGCUACGAUUUCAUCGCUUUAUAUACUUUAUAGUUGUUACAUUUGAUAUUAUGUAAGUUUUUCUUUAAAUUACUGCUACAGAAUAUUCUAAAGUAUCAUUUUACUUAUUAAUUGCCAGCCGAAUAUUCUGAAUAUUCGACUACUAAACUAUUUUUGAAACUCAUAAAAGUUUUAAUAAGGUUAUUAAAUGUAUAACUUCUAUUUUUUUGAACAGUAAUUUGUCGUGUUUAAAUAUUAUUUACUACUAAAAUUGCAGAAACUCUAUUUCAUUUGAUCAUUAAAUCUGAAAUAACUGAAACUUAGUCGUAGUAAUUUGAUAAAAAAAAAAGAAAAAUGCGUAGAAAUUUCUUAUCAUACAAAUUACAAAAGUUCCAGAUCCUUACUUUAAUUUUUGUUACCAGUUUUAUAUAAGUAUAAAAUUUAAUUUAAUUUCUGUGACUAAUUUAUAAAUACGUAACACUACCAUCUGUGAUAUAUUUCGUAUUGUAACUAAUCAGCAUUAUUUUUAAAUAAAUCUUAAGUUCCUCUGCCAAAGA